CCAGUUAUUCUUAACUGUAGCUUCUAAUGGUAGCAUUCCAAUAGGAACAUUGGGAAGUUGUGCAUGGAAAUGGUGCUCAGGAAAAAACGUCCGCUCGUGGAUUUCCCCCUGUAUAUUCGCAGCUGUAACACAAAGGUUGUUGCUGGAGUCAGAUGGGUCCAUCAGAACCUGUUCAGUAACGUCAUGGCCCUGACAGAGGAGCAGUCUGAGAAACACUGCUGGGUGUGUUUCGCCACUGAGCGGGACGACCGCGGCGCGGAGUGGGUGAGCCCCUGCAGGUGUAAAGGCUGCACCAAAUGGAUCCACCAGUCGUGUCUGCAGCGCUGGCUGGACGAGAAACAGAAAGGAAACAGCGGCGCCGCCGUUAACUGUCCGCAGUGUGGCACCGAGUACUGCAUCAUUUUCCCCAAGAUGGGCCCGCUGGUGUACUUCCUGCAACAGGCAGACAGAGCCCUGUCCCGCGCCAGCCCGUUCGCUGCUGUCGGAGUGGUUGUUGGGACGGUGUACUGGUCAGCAGUCACUUAUGGAGCCGUGACCGUCAUGCAGGUGGUGGGGCAUAAGAAGGGUCUGUUUGUGAUGGAACGGGCUGACCCUCUGUUCCUGCUCAUGGGCCUGCCGACCAUCCCGGUGCUGCUGGUCCUGGGGAAGAUGAUCCGCUGGGAGGAUUACUUAGUGAGGCUGUGGCAGAGAUACUCUUAUAAACACAGCCCUUCAUCAGGCGGUGGCGGUUAUGUGCCACGUCUGCGUGCCGAGAUGCCCGGCGCUGGAGACCACCUGUCUGUGUCCAGAACUCUGUGUGGAGCUCUCAUCUUUCCCUCCAUAGCCAGUCUGGUGGGACGGCUGCUGUUCAGACGGGUUACCUCCAACCUGCAGCGCACCAUACUGGGGGGCAUUGCGUUCGUGCUUGUCAAAGGCGUACUGAAAGUGUAUUUCAAACAGCAGCAGUACAUCCUGCAGGCCAACAGACACAUCCUGAACUAUCCAGAGAGCCACAAGACCCGACUGGGGGGUGAUGGAGAUGACAACACAGAAGACGGCAGGAACGAGUGACCGCCUGUCCCCCUAGAGGACAGCAGGAACGAGUGACCGCCUGUCCCCCUAGAGGACAGCAGGAACGAGUGACCGCCUGUCCCCCUAGAGGACAGCAGGAACGAGUGACCACCUGUCCCAAGAGGAUGAGGACAGAGAGACGGCUGGACGCAGGGUGUGGGUCCUGGACUGAAUGAUAAUCACAGGUGAUCCUUUGUUGCCUUAAAUUCUCCCCAAUGAACUGAAGCAGUGUCUGAACAGAUCAGCUCUGACCUGAUCUGUUGUCAUGACGAUGAGAAGCUGCAGAUGAUGACCUUCUGUAGUUCUAUUAUUUUCCCUUGUUUAGAACCAGCUGAAUGACUACAUGUUCUAUGCAAAAUGAACUAUUUUUGUUCCCCUGACCUUGUUUCCAUUGGUGCUUGUUGAACUUUGCCAAUAAACGACAUGCUGUGGCCAGAUGAUAAACUUUAAAACAGUUCUGCAUUCUUUUAUGUUGUUGUUCCCCUUGAAUAAUUUCUACCAUCACAGAAAAACCUGUUAUUUUUUCAGAUCUGGAUUAAGGAAAAAAAAAAAAAAAAAAAAAAAAAAAUAUAUAUAUAUAUAUAUAUAUAUAUAUAUAUAUAUAUAUAUAUAAGCAAUAAAUUCAAAAUACCCUUACAUUACACGGUCUACACGGUCCUAAGGCCACAAAGGGAAAAUCAUCAGGUUUUUCCUGAUUGAAUAUAAUAUACACAAUGUUAACGUGAUCAAUGGAUUUUAUGCUGACCUCUGUGCUCCUGGUUUUUUAUAAUUUCUGUGUCAUCCAGUUGUUUCAGUCUAAUGUACAGAUCACAGAGGCAGUCAUGUAUUUUGUUGAACGUGUUUAUUGCUGGAUUUAAAUUGCUGUAAAUGAGGAAAACAAAAAGCACUGCCUGCUAUAUUCCCUCCUCAUUGUUUCUGGCCCAGAAGCUUUAAAUACUAUUUAAUUUUUGCCAAAUAAAGAUGAAGAGCUUCACUGUU